UCGUGGUGUGAGGGCAGGAGGGAGGCAGCUGGGUGUACAGGUGUAGCAGCUGCACCACCACCACCGCCGCCGCUAUACACUAGUGUCCCCUGGCGGCCUCCGGCGCUCUGCCUUGCCUAAAAUGGCGGUGUUGGGGGUCGGCGCGCGCGGGCCAGGCUAGUGUGACGGAGCAUGUGUCCGCGGCGCCCGCCCGCUCCCGUUCCCCCUGCUGCUGCUACUGCUGCUGCUGCUGCUCCUUCUGCCGCCGUCGCCGCGCCUCUUCUGCUCAACCUCCACAGCUGCAGCAGCACUGACUUCUUUCGCUGUUGUGGAUAUUGUGAGUGGCGAAGCUUACUGGUGCUGUGACCGCAGGUGGUGGGGGCAGCUGCAGCAGCCAGUGAGACCCUAGUGAUCAGUACCUGCUUCAGUGAUAACGUGAGCCCCUUCGUCAGGAGAGGCGGCGCCACGUGGAGCGCGCCCUGCUCGCCCACGCCCACGCCCGUGGCUGCCAGCAGCUGCAGCAGGGGCGGCCCCCACCAUGGCCUCCACCGGGCAGGCCAGCGGCACUAACAAGGCUGUCAACGGCGGCCGCUUUGAUUUUGACGACGGUGGGACUUACUGUGGUGGGUGGGAGGACGGUAAAGCCCAUGGCCACGGCGUAUGUACGGGACCCAAGGGUCAGGGCGAGUACUCAGGAUCUUGGCAUUAUGGAUUUGAAGUGAGCGGCAUCUACACCUGGCCAAGCGGGAGUACGUACGAGGGACAGUGGCAGAACGGGAAGCGGCACGGCCUGGGUGUAGAAAGCCGCGGGCGGUGGGUGUACCGGGGGGAGUGGACUCAAGGCUUCAAGGGCCGAUACGGCGUUCGCCAGUCCACCACCUCCGCCGCCAAAUACGAAGGCACCUGGGCCAAUGGUCUCCAGGACGGCUACGGCUCUGAGACAUACGCCGACUCUGGAACGUACAAGGGGCAGUGGCUGCGGGGCCUCAGACACGGGUAUGGCGUACGUACCUCAGCUCAGUUCAGCCAGGCGUCCGUCAGCCGUCCCCGAGCGAACAACCGCGGCUCCACCACCUCCCUACGCUCCGACGGUGCUGGGGACCCUCUUGCCGACAGAGAUAGAAAGGUGGACGAUGGACGCGGGGGAUUUGUAUUACGAGCGCGGAGUGACGAGAUCCCGCGCAGGAGAGGGAGCCUGGUCGAGCGAUCCAGCAACAUCAAGAACGUAUUUAAGGGGUUGAAGAUGAGGCGUCAACGAAGCACGGGAGAUAUUCAAACUGGCCGAGCGUCUGGAUCCAUCCGCUCUACCGGAUCUUCUGCGUCUUGGAUGUCGACGGACUCUGGUCAGUCGGCAUAUACAGUAGGCGACGUUCCAGACGAGGGCUCCAAUGCUUCCUUCAUCAUCGAGGUAGGGUUGGAUGAGCAGUUGGACGCCAGCGUGGUGGAGAACUACAUGGGCGAGUGGAAGAACGACAAGAGGACUGGCUUUGGCGUCUCGGAGCGGUCGGAUGGCCUGAAGUACGAGGGGGAGUGGUACAAUAACAAGAAGUACGGCUACGGGGUCACCACCUUCAAGGACGGCACGAAGGAGGAAGGCAAAUACAAGAACAACGUCCUCAUAACAUCCAACAAAAAGAAACAUGUGUUCCUUAUUCGCUCUGCCAAAUUCCGAGAGCGAAUCGAAGCGGCUGUAGCGGCUGCACAGAGGGCGGCAAAAAUAGCCAUGCAGAAGGAAGACAUCGCCAUCUCUCGAACUGCAACAGCUCGUGGCAAAGCAGAACAGGCAGACAUCUCAGCCGUCCAUGCGAGAGAUGAUUCAGAUGUGGCUAGGGUCUUUGCCAAACAGUUUGCUCCAGACUUUCAUCAGCCAGGUGUGGACAUUGUUAAAGCCCAGUUAGCAGCUCAUGGGAGAAAAACAGAUGUGAGUAAACUGCCACCAGGGCGUCCGCGAGAAGACAGCUCUGGGCCGCGUUCACAGUCCCUCCAUGUUCGUGGUGGUAUGGAUGACUAUAUGACGCGAGGCGACGGUGCUGCCACACAAGAACCUGAUUCCUUAUCUCCCCCGCCGGGAGGUGGAGGUGGUCCUGGCUACACCAGUUAUGGUGCUGGAGAACUCCAGUCAACUGACCUUGGAGGAUCACGCCGUACAUCCGUCAACCCUGGAGGAGGCGUGGCUGUCCAUGAUGGCUCCUUACAUCAAAUGAAUCAGGGUGAGGCUGUAAUGGGCAACGCUUUGGAUCGUGGCCGCACUCCCAGUCGUGGUACAGGAAAGGGAGGAGGCAGGGGAGGGCAGGAGUACAGCUUCUCAAGUGCUAUAAUGAAUGAUCGUUUUGACCACUACAAUAGACCUCCAUCACGCGCACAGUCACGUGACCGAUCAGUGGACCGGUUUACUUCCCGUGGACACACACCAGUACCACCAGAAUUGAUAAACCCAAGGUCUCGGGCACCCUCAGCCCAGCGCACGACCGCCCAAGACUGGACUCCGGACUCAGGAGUUUAUGAGGACGAGGCGGCUGUCCCCAUCACUAGUGGUUCCCGACGAUCAUCUCGCCCACCAUCAAUAAUAUCGGGCGAAGCUCCUCCGCUCACUGGCAACGGGUCUGUGGGUGGUGGGUUUACAGUGCCAUAUACCAUCCCAUCCACUCAGCAGGAAGCUGAGAGUCUGCUCCGGCAACGUGCCUGUGGUCAGGAGAUCCCAAUAUGCCCCCCAACUCCUGGCCAGGGCACAGUCAAGCGCACAGAAUCACUUUAUAUUAACCCUAUUGUGAGGCGUCAGGCGCAAGUCAAGGCGGCGCCAGCCCCUAUGUUGAAAAGGAAGAAGUCGCUGCCAGAGGUGCAAGCACUGCCAGCGACGCUCAUGUCACGCGAGGAGGCUGCAGUGCUCAGUUCAGCCCAGAGACACGAGUUCCGUCGCCAGGCUGAGGAGGCCGAAUUGUACCGGGCCAACCCACUCCUCUACCUCACCAGUCCUGCCGUCCAGGACUGGUUCUCCCGGCAGCGACUGGUCAUGCUCAUCCUCUUCCUAAACUUGUCGCUGGCGCUGAUGUUCUUCAAAUUGUUGUCGUAGCAGCCAGCAUGGCCGCGGGUUCUUCAGGCCGCUGCCCUCGCUGCCGCGUGAGAGCCAUGCCUGCCGCAGCCCCACCCUCAGGGAGUGCCAAAGCAGCAGCAGCAGCAGCAGUAACAACAGCAGCCCUGGGCGUCCCUGCGUGUUGGCCGCCGCCCGUGCCUUCCUCAGCAGACUACGCCUGCGACUCGCCUGCUCACGUGUGCUGUCAGAAUCUCUAUUUUGUUAUGGUUCGUGCCGCGUCCUGCCGCCCAUGUGUGAGCCGUCCCAUUUUGUACUGCCGCCGCCGCCGCCGUCGUCAUAUCUGCUGUCCUAAGGUGGGCGGCCAGGAGCUUACGCCAUGCCUAAUUGGCCUGACUUGAGCUGACCUCUGCGGCCUGGGGCUAAGGAGGGGGGGAAGGCAGGAGGAGGAGAUGGAGGAGAAGGAGAAUAAAGAGGAGGAUGAGAAGGAAAGCAGAAGUUACCCCCUGGACUCCAUGGAGGAUCGUGUGCGAACAAAAACUGACUGUGAAUGAGCUCUUUGUCCCUUGUGGAGUGUUUUGGCUGUGCCUCAUUUCCUUCAUCACCUGACCACAAACUCACUGCGACCGGGGCAACUCUGUACAUUAUUGCAUCUUUUGCUACCAUUACUGUGGCCUCCACCCACCCAACUCUCCUAAGACUUGGGGUGCUGGUGGUCACCCUGGCCCCGGCGAGCACUUGCCGUAAUUGCAUAAUAGGCACUAGAUUUUCUAUCCACCUAUGGUACUAUUUGUGAAGUUCAGUACAGAUUUAUACUAAUGUAAUUUCUAGUACUGGUUAAUUUUUUUAAAGUGUAUUAUUAACUGCCUCUUGUGGAGCAGAGGUCAUAUUGACUUCUGUGAAGAGGAAAUGUUGUACAGUGGAUGAGCAUUUGUACCACAUCAGGUCUCCCCCUGUGAAUCUCACAGGGACACAAGGCAUACAAACGCAAAUGCAAGAGCAGGAGAAACCAGUUCAAUUGUAUUCAGUUUUCUAUAAAGCCAUUUCAUGUGCUUUGAUAAAUCAAUAGAGGGAUAUGUGAGAUGCACGUUUUCUGCUUGAUAUUUUGCCUUUUUUAAUUAGCUCAAAAUAUUAUUUAUUGUAAUUGACAAUACAGUUGUGCAGAGUAUUCAAACUUUUAUACUAUGUUUUGUCUUUUUAACUUAUGUUUAUAUUUUUUAUUAUUAAUGGUCUCAUAGGUCACAGUGACACCUGCAGAAGGACCUCGCAAGAGUGCUCACAACCCAGAUGAAGCCCACUGCAGGCCUCACCAAUACUCUUAUACUGUAUUAAACACCAAAAUCUCUGUGGAUCUCCACACGCUAGAAAGCUAAAUGCCUAGUCACAACAUUGAUUUAGUUUUCCAUAGGAAACUUUUAGUAAUUCCUUUUGUUAAUUUGUAGUUUAGUUAAAGUGUUGAGAAGGACGGUUGUGUUGAGUCCCAAGCUCCGCGGCCCAGCGGAGGUUGCAUGCCUUGGUCGAGCAGGUUGUGUGCCACUUAGACUUGUUAUUUGUCUAUGCCAUGCACAUGUUAGUGCAUUGGUUUAUCUAAAUCUUUUACAGUAAACUUGCAUUUCUUUUAUACUUUAAUAGAACAGUAAUUAUACUGGCUGUGUUGAGAGUAUUACCAUCACACGGCCCUGCCCGACCUUGACCAGCUAGGUCUCAGCUCCCAGGGAAAUAGGUUUUUUUCCCAGGGAUAUGUAGGCUUCUGUGUCAUUAAUCUUCCUCAUGCUACUGAGGGGCCACUAUUCUCUUGGCAAAGCUCCUUAUUUAUACCAACGAAAUCUAUUUUCCAUAUUAUAAACUUUUAAUCCAUUUGUAUCAUGCUGGUGAAGGUCAUUGUACCCAGUUGUGACAACUAUGUCUGACGAUCCUUUUAUUUCUGACGAAGACCAUUCCUCUUGCUAGUGAAAGCCCAUCACACAACAAUUGAGUGCCUUUAGCAUGAUGGUGAGGACUUUCCUGGUUCUGAUGAAGGUUCUACUUGUGCUUUUAAAACUACUUGAUGUAUAUCUCUCAGACUGUGAAAAAGCCUUCAUAAUGCUUAUAAGGGCCCAGUCUCCUGCUGGGCAUGAAGCUAUGUGCUGGUGAGGAACCGUCUUCAUGUAGGAAAAAUAUAAUAUUCAUGGAGGGAUCUUUGUGCUAGGAAAAAUAUUUCCUUGAAUCUAGAUUCCUUCAUGUGUCCUGGUGCAGACCUGUCCCCUGUGUUUGUCAAGUCCCGUCCUCGUGAUACGACUGCUAGUUUUUCAGUGUGGGGGGAAGCUUGCUCUUUUACCCCAAAGAUGAAUGUUGUCAGUGCACAGGCCAUGUACAUAUCGUCAUGUGCCUGUAGAGUAGCGCAUGGUGGCCACUAUGGUUCCUGGGGAGACCUGACACUGAGGCGCUGGCGUGGGUAAUCUCGAGGUGUCCUGGUCACUAACAGCCUCCAGCCGCCAGCCAUAGGUACUGAUCUUACUGAAACAUUGAUAACUUAAAUACUGUUACACCGUCCUUGAAACAUUAUAGAUUACCAACAGCAUGCAUGCAUUUUUAGUACUUUUCAUAGUUUCAUUCAUCAUUGACCACGGUCAGCUUUUCAUAUCAAAUUUCAUGCGGCAGUGCUCGAUCACCCAACGUGGACGAGAUGUGACCCGUAAAAUGACGAAUUCUGUGCCACAUUAUUGGACAAUAUUCUGUCUCACACCCAGAACACUAGUGGAUCAUCUCUUAUUUGUGUUAUAACUGCUGCUCUUGAAUUACACUUACCAGUUUUAAUAUCUGGACUAAAUGUUACCUCUGUAACACAUGAAAGAUGAUAAAACUAAUUCUAGGCCACAUUUUUAUUCAUAAAUUAAAGUGAUUAUUAUAAUCCUGUAUGAUCUGUAUUCUUAACAAUACUGAUCACUGAAGAGCGGUCUGAGUUUAUUAAUUAUUUAACUCCUACCUAGUUUACUCAAACUCAAGUCUUUGUUAAUAACCUGUUGGCAUUCCCUCUCUUGCUCGCUGGCGCUGUUACUGUUACAAGGAAAUAUGCUAGUUUACUUCCUUCACCCCCCCCCCCCAAGUUGUACUGGACGUCAGCCUCACAGAAAGUCAGCACCAGCUGUUAUUAUAUUGUUCCUUAGUAUUGUUAUCAAUAAACACACUCCUCUUAUGGCUAAACUUUCUGCUUUACUUUCUCCGUGCUGUCUCCCCCACAUGUUAUACUUUACAACCUCCUCCUCCCGUUAUCUUAAUUCUCUUGUCUUUCUCUCACUCUUAAUUCCUCCAUUCGUCUGCUUUGCCAUUCAUGUGUCCACCCUCAUUGUCUCAUUUUCAUUUUACCUUUCACAUGGAAGACAUUAGCAGUAAUACAUACUACCGUACUUACACACAGAAAUACCUGCGCAUGUAGGUACACACACACACACACAGAAGCCACCACUAACAUUGCCAGAAUCAGUAUACUGUAUAAGACGUAGGGAUGAUGCUUCCCUUAAUGAAAAACUUGUAUUUAUUUCCUUUCAAAGUUGAAUCAUUGCAUGUACUGAUCGUCUCACCACAAUACUGAUACUGUAUAUCUUGUCACUGUUGUUUUGAUUAUGUUUUAAAGAGAUCUUUGUUAUAAUGAAGUGUUUCUAAAUUAAUGUUAAUUAUAUCACACAGUCCCAGUCAAUUAACAAAAGAACUGUAAUUAAUUCAAUUUGAUUUCAUGCUUUCACUAAUGUCCACACUGCAUUUUUUUUUAUAAAUUAGUUAUUAAAUAAAAUGUCACAUCAACUGAACUACUGUAUGAGAGGUGAAUAUGGUUAGGUUAAAAUUCAGGAAAGACUAUUAUUGUGUGUGUGGAGUUUGUAAGUAUUAUUAUUUAUACAAAGGUUAAUGAUAUACAGAGUGGAUAUUUAUAAGAGUACAAGGUGGGAAGCUUUCCUGUGGCCAGCCCCUCCCCUCUCCCUCUACUCCAGUGACUUGAGCUUCCUGAACACUUUUAACAAUCAAGUCUAAUUUAUCACCAGAAGAAUCCUCAACACUUCUUCACAUGUUAUUCUUACAAACUUCACAGAUAGGUUAAUUAAGUACUUUAUCCAGAUUCUCCCUUAGUCAAUUUGGUCACUGGAGACUCAAGCUUACCCUUUAUCUUAUAAAUUUUUUCCUUAGCUUAUCUACUUGUGAAUUCUUAUCAUGUUUUUUUUUAUUGCACAUCUCAAUGUAUAGUUCCUAUUUUUCUUUUGCUAUCUGGUAAUUUUCAAGUGAUUAAUGUGAAAAUUUACAGCAUAUCAUGAUAGGCAGAUGACCUUUCCUUGAGUCAUCACUGUACACUUUUCUACCUAAACAAAUACAAUCAUUAAAUUACACUCAAGUCACUUUACUAAACUGCUGCAUUUGUUAGAAUAUUUAUGAUUAACUCUUUGUCUCAUUAAAGUACAGUACUGUAUCUUUUUCACUCGGAAGCUUCACUCGUCACUUAACCAAAACUCCUGUCACCAAUGUUGGACAAUUAAUGCCUUGUGUGUCAAAUUAUUAGGUGCCAAAACUCAAAAGGCAACUAUGAACCAAAUCUUUUGAAUUCCUGGACAUUGUAGCAUUUGUAUUACUUGAUUAAUAACAAUUACUUCAUAUUGCAGCAUUAUAUACACCCUUCUUAAUGACACUGCUAGACAUGGGGACUGGACAGAAACAAGACAGUAUUACUCUAAUACAGAAUUGUCAAAGAUCCAAAACAAAUAUUACCUUUAUCAUCAACUUCCCAACAUCCUGCAUAUCCACUUGACACAUCUACAUAUCUAUCCCAUUGUUCCCUUCCCUUCCACCCAGUUAUACUUCUUCACUCUUUCACUUCGUUAUUUCCUGAACGUCCCAUAACAUUGUUUCACUUUUAUCAUCUCCUCAGUGCUCACAUGACACUUCACCAUUCCUCACCAUCCUUAUUCUUCUUAAUAUCCAAGUAAUGUUGUCUCACUCACCUUUAUCAACCUCCAUCACCUGAAACUUCCUCAGUCCUCACCUCACUGUCUCUUUCUCUAACAUACACAUGGCACUUCUCUCUCUCUCUCUCUCUCUCUCUCUCUCUCUCUCUCUCUCUCCAAUUUAGACCAUCUUCUGUGUGUUUAGGGUUGGCUGCUCAAUGGAAUUUCGGUCAUGAAUCCAUAUAUUAUCCCUAGUGGAGAGCUGAAGGGAACCUCCUCCAGGAUCUGAGUAUCCUUAUGCACUUCUACCAGGAGGCUGUGUGUGUGAACUUGUUGAUACAAAGUUGUUCCUUAAAAUAAAACCAAAACACU